CCUCCACUGCCGUUCCGUCUCGUGCACCACCUCGGUCAAUGUCGCUCGCCGGCAUUCCAUCCUCGACACUCUCUUCCCCUGUCGCCUCCGUCACCUGACCAUCCAGCCGGCGUCCUCGGAGUGUCGGCAGGGAAUUGGGGAACGGCCCAUAUAGCGCGGAUUGAUAUAUGCCGCUGCCACGCACAUCAACCACGCUGCGCCGGCCUACAUCCUAGCACUACCUUACACCCAACACGUCGCAUCUGACACCAUAGCGGCAACGCUCGUCGUUAUCCAAGAUGGUGGCUCCUCCGCUACUCGGUGGCGGCUCCGCCAUCUCGCCGUCGCCCUUGCCUGUCCCAACCACCACCUCCGCCACGGGCUCCCCACCACCCGGGACUUCGAGUGCCCUCUCAAAGGCAAAAGCAGCGGUGCAAUCAGCCCCAGGCACAUUGAAUGGGCCGCCGUCGGGCAACAACCAUGCUAUUCCGCUCAGCGCGCGUAGGGCCGAACCACUCGACCUGACGACGGUUGAGCGGAGAGGCCAACCAUUCGGUGCCAUCCGCCUUCCAGCCAUCUCCAUGCCUUCCAAACAGCAGCCUCCCAAGAAGAACAGACUCUUCGGCAUUCCCGAUGCGCCGGUAUACCGACCGAGCGAAGACGAAUUUCGCGAGCCGAUGGAGUACAUCCGAAAGAUCGCUCCGGAAGGAAGCAAGUACGGGAUUGUCAAGAUUAUUCCUCCGGAUACGUGGAACCCGACCUUCGCCAUCAACACCGAGCGCUUCCACUUUCGCACCCGUCGCCAAGAGUUGAACGCUGUUGAAGGCGGCAAUCGUAUCAACAAUGACUACCUCGAUCAGCUCGCCAAAUUCCACAAGCAGAAUGGACACAAUCUCAACCGCUUCCCGAGCGUCGACAAACGCCCCCUCGAUUUGUACCGUCUGAAGAAGACUGUGGAGAGGAAGGGCGGCUUCGACUCGGUUUGCAAGGGCAAGAGAUGGGCAGAAGUUGGCCGAGAUCUGGGCUACAGUGGCAAGAUCAUGUCGUCUUUGUCCACGUCUCUCAAGAAUUCAUAUCAGAAAUGGCUGCUGCCGUAUGAAGAGUACCUGCGAGUGGCCAAACCGGGCGUGCAUCAGCAGAUUGAGAUGGCCAAUGGCGGACCGUACACUCCCUCUCCGGGAACUUCUCCGGCGAAGAAGUCGCAAAUGACCACACCUCUGACCGCUAAGGAGGAGGCGCCAGUGAUGCAGGCGUCGGCCGCCUUGCAUUCAUCCAUCACCGGUCAGAGUUCGCAAGGACCAACACCGAUUCCCGGAGCAUCUUUGCCACCUCCGCCUGUCGUCACGGGUGGGUUUACGGCUGUGAAUGCUGUUCCUGCCGCUUCCCCGCCCAACAUCCCCAGCCAUAGCAGCUCUUUCACUCCAGCAAAUGGGGACAAUCCCCCGCUGAGUGCUAUUGCACCUCGAGCGACAGAAACACCACCGUCUACCAACGGCCAGCAACCGAUCGCACCAGAUGCGAAUGGCAUUGCUACGCUAAAGAGGCAACACAGCGACAGCAUACUGACUGCGGACGAGGUGGAAGCAAUCAACCGACGGAGCAAACGACUGCGAAAGGACGUGCCCACCAUCGCGGGUAGUAACAUGCACCAUUCGCGCAUGUCGUCCGCGCGCUUACAAACGCUCAAAGACCGCGGCAAUUACAAGAUCGGCGAAGUAUGCGAGAGCUGCGGCAAGUCAGACGAUCAACUGCGGUUCAUUGCCUGUCAGUCGUGCGACUGCACAUAUCACAUGUAUUGCCUCGAGCCACCGCUCAAGCAGAAGCCCGACUACGAGUGGCAUUGUCCCAAGUGUCUGGUGGGUACCAACGAAUACGGGUUCGAGGAAGGCGAUGUGUACUCUCUUGCGGGCUUCCAGCGCAGGGCGAACGAAUUCAAGUACAACCAUUUCAACGGCCUUCCGCCGCAGUUCAACCCCUUCACGGAUACGAAGAAUGACGUUGACGAGGAAGACGUUGAGCGGGAGUUCUGGAGGCUAGUCGAAGACAACAUGGGUACGACCGAAGUCGAGUAUGGCGCGGACAUCCAUUCCACGACUCACGGCAGUGGGUUCCCUACCAUCGAAAAGCAGCCGAGGGAUCCGUAUUCGUUCGAUCCGUGGAACUUGAACAUGCUGCCUCUGGACAAGGACUCGCUGUUCCGGCACAUCAAGUCUGAUAUUUCUGGCAUGACCGUCCCAUGGCUCUACGUAGGCAUGAUCUUUUCGACCUUCUGCUGGCACAACGAGGAUCACUACGCAUAUUCGGCGAACUACCAGCACCUCGGGGAAACGAAAACCUGGUAUGGUGUGCCUGCAGACGAUUCGGACAAGUUCGAGAAAGCCAUGCGCGAUGAAGUGCCAGAGCUCUUUGAAACGCAGCCUGACAUUCUCUUUCAACUUGUCACGUUGGCAAAACCAGAAAAGCUUCGCAAAGCGGGUGUCCGAGUUUUUGCCAUCGAUCAGCGUGCUGGAGAGUUUGUCAUCACAUUCCCUCAGGCCUAUCACGCUGGCUUUAAUCACGGCUUCAACUUCAACGAGGCCGUCAACUUCGCACCCGUAGACUGGGAGCCAUUUGGCGAGGAGGGGGUCAGACGCUUGCGGGACUAUCGCAAGCAGCCGUGUUUCUCCCAUGACGAGCUUCUGGUCACCGCGGCUUCCCGCGAGCUCACCAUCAAGACGGCGAAGUGGCUUGCUCCGGCACUGGAGCGCAUGCGCGAUGAAGAGCUAGCUGCAAGAAAGCAUUUCAUCACCGGGGCCGAGCCCGAAUCUGGCACCACUUCAGAAGAGCCAUACCUCGGGCCCAGGUACGAAUCGUUGCCCGACUUCAUCGAUCCGGAGACGGAGGAGGACGAGGUCAUCUGCUCGUACUGCAAGUGCUACUGCUACCUCUCUCGGUAUCAGUGUAAGAAAACCGCCAAGUAUUUGUGUGCUUUGCACGCCGGCGGCUACCAGUGUUGCGACGCUCUCGAACAUGAGCGAUACACAGGGCGCGACGGCACACACCGCCUGUACUACCGCAUGGACGAUGAAACGCUCGAUGCAACGGUCCAAAAAGUAGUGGAGAAGGCCAAUAUUCCGGAGAAUUGGAUGGCGAAGUAUGAGAGCGAGUUGGAAAACAACGAGCAGCCCCAACUCAAGCAUCUGCGCACGCUUCUUGCAGAGGGCGAGAGGGUCCAAUAUGACCUUCCUGCCUUGCCGACACUCCGGACCUUUGUCGAACGGUGCAAUGAGUGGGUCGAGGAGGCCACUAGCUACAUCACUCGCAAGCAGCAGAACCGGCGGAAGAGCGAGAAGACGUGGCGGAAGAGCACGGCCAAGCAUGCAGAUCUUGAAGAGAGAGAGAAGGAGCUGCGAAAGGUCGAAAACAUCCAGAAGCUGCUCGCACGCGCCGAAACGAUAUCUUUCGAUUGUCCGGAGAUUGCAACACUGCAGGAGCGCGCACAGAACAUUAUCGAUUUCCAGCUAGAUGCACGCGAGGCGUUGAACAACAUUCGAGGAAAGACUACCGCCGAGUUCCAGGAAUUGAUCGAGCGUGGACGCGAGUUCCAUGUCGACAUUCCAGAGAUCGACAGUCUGGAGCAGGUGGUGAAGCGGCUGACCUGGGAUGAAACGGCCAGACUGAAGCGCCCAAAUGCCGAGCUGAAGCGACAGGAGCAGACGUUGCAAAAUAUCGAAGAGUUCAUCGCCGAAGGCAUCAAAUUGGGCGUGCCCGAGAACAACCCGGACAUGGUCUUCUUCCGCGAGCACAAAGCACAGGGUGAUUUGUGGGAGCAAAAGGCUAAAGAGCUGAUGGCCGUCGAGCAAGUCCAUUACCAACAGCUGGAUUCGCUGUCGCAACAGGCGCUCACCCUGCCCGUCAACCCCGAAACGCUUGCUGCAGUCGACACGAUUCUGAAGAAGCAACGCGAGGUACAGGACAAGAUUGCGUCCCUCAUUUACCGCAGCAAGAACCCCGACCUGCGGGAUCGACCCUUGUACAGAGAGAUGAAGGAGGUGAUGGAUUCUCUCGAGGAGCUCCAGAGCAAACCCAACGGCACGAUUGAUCUCGAGAAGCAGCAGAGAAAGCACGAAGACUGGAUGCGCAAGGGCAAGAAGCUGUUCGGUAAAGCAAACGCCCCGCUCCACAUCCUCAACCAGCACAUGAACAUCGUCAGGGCGCGCAACGAGGCCUGUUUUGAGAUUAGCGACAAGCCACGCAUCCCCGUCGAGCCAUCCUCGCGCCACGUCACGCCGGAAGAAGGAGCGCCGCUGGCGGACGGAAGCAACUCUAGCAGGGAUGUCUUCUGUAUCUGCCGCAAGUCCGAAGCUGGCAUGAUGAUUGAGUGUGAGCUGUGCCACGAAUGGUACCACGGGAAGUGUCUCAAGAUCGCCCGGGGGAAGGUGAAGGAGGACGAUAAGUACACCUGCCCCAUUUGCGACUGGCGGGUCAAGAUACCGCGAGAUGCCGCCCGACCGAAGCUGGAGGAGCUGCAAGCGUGGCACGAUGAGUUGGACACUCUGCCAUUUCAGCCGGAUGAAGAAGAUGCGCUCGAUGCCAUCAUCACCGACGCUCAGAACUAUCGUGACUACAUCCGGCCGAUUGUCACCUCCGAUGUACCCACAACUUCCGAGGAGGUGGCCACUAUGCGAUUCCAUUUGCGCAAGGUCGAGGGCGCGGACAUUCUGCUAUCGGAGGAGACAAACUUCUUGCGACAAGAACUGCACAAGUGGGCUCCUGUGGCGCCUGAGGCGCCGCCGAUCAUCCAACAGUCAUCGUCUACUCGCAAGCCUCGUCCCACGAAGCAGCAGAAGCUGAUGGCGUCGCUUGGUAUUACAGAUCCGGAACAGCUGCCGCAGGAGUUUAAGAUGAGGCAUCAGUAUCAGAAGAAGAAGGGCGACGAAGGAGGCUCAAUCCCGCCGACACUGCAACCAGCUGGAAGAGGCAGCUCAGCAGGCGGUUCUGUGCCACCGACUCCCGGCGCUGGACAAUCGGGCGAGGCGAAACCGUUCUACACUGCGCUGUCGCUGCACGUGCUGGGUUCGCUGGCAUCUGCGCCCGUGGUCACCAAGAUGCUGCAAGCCGAGCCCCAUAUGAACCGAGAGAAGCUGUACAGGAUGAAGGCUGUGCUGGAGGCGGACCGCGGCGUCUGGGACGACAUCAAGGCCUUCCAACAGAAGAUGACGGUACUCCCGAGCCCGGCUGCUGCUGCCCACAGCCCCUCCUACAACUUCGAGGCUGGCCAGGAUCGCGCGAACCCCUCUGCGAUUCAAGGUGUAUCGUCGCCCAUGUUCGCAACCUCGACGGCGAAUGAUGCACGCAAUUCCUCUACUUCGCAGCCGCCGCAGCAUGCGUCUCCCACGCGCUUCAGCCCAGGCCAGCGCUACGAGCAGGCCGGCACCCCGCCCGCGUCGUCCUUUGAAAGACAGAUGUUCCAUGGCCCUCCGGAGCCAAUGUUCGAGAGCCCGGCGAACGAAGCGAAAGCCAACCACAUCACGAGCCCCGAGACCGAUUUCGGCGGCGCGUCUCGCAUGUUUGACAGCCCCAAGGCUACCGGCCUCACGCAAGCGGGCAUCAACAGUCCGGGCUUCGGAGGCAGUCAGCAGUCUGUCGGCCACAUGGACAAGAUGUUUGCGGAUCUGGUGAAUGAGCGUGAGGCCAGUCCUGGGUUUGAUGGGGCCAAUGAUGCGAAGGGAGAGGCUGCUGUGGCGCGGACGAUCGAGGUGCCGGCGAACGAUGCUGCUCCUGUUUCUGCUGCUGCUGUCGCUGCUCCCACCGAAGCACCCGCUCAAGCACCGACUGCGGAUGAGGACGUGCAGAUGACGGACGUGAAGGAUGAGGAGCCUGUCGUGCAGCCACCCGCACCGGAGAAUCAGGCGGCUCCGAGCACAGAGCAAGUGCCUCAGACGGAGCCAGCGCCGGCAGAAUAGGUCAACACAUCAGGCCGCGCGACUCCACUUUGCACCUGCUCAUCGUGACUAAUACAGAGCAUGAGGCGAUAGAUGCUAUGGGUAUACUCGGAGCUACUCGCAGCUCGAUGGUUUGGAGCGGUAGACAGCAUGUUGCUUGCCUUUACUGUUGCUAUGCAGACGAGAGCAAUAGAUGGGACGAUAUUGGACGGCUGAGUGUAGAUACAUCUUCAAUCGACAAACAUCAUUACGAUGUUUGCAAGUAUCGCCUUCUAUUGCCCUUUUGGAGGCCCCCGGUAGGUUGUUUCUGCGCAUGCUUGCCGAUGACUUUCAGACGGUACGCCAAACCGAGCAGCGGCAAGCCCCAAAGCGGGUUUGCCGCAUGGCCAGCCUUACUUUAUAUCUUGCGGGAGGCAGCCCGAUGCCGGCGGGGGCAAGCCCAUC